AUGGAUAAUAGCAAAAUAAGUUAUUUUCAACCACCUAAUAUUCAACGUGAUAAUAGUAAAGAAGCUAGUUUACAAGUUCCUAUAAAUAAAGGUAAAAAUAGUAGAAUGAGUGACAGUUUUGAUGAUGACAAUUUUGCUAAUGAUAAAAAACGUCCACUUGGUGAAAAUAUUAAAUCAAAUAUUCUUGGCUUAUUUCUAGUAAUUAUUUUAUUUAUCAUAUCAUUAAUAAUUUAUAUAUUUGGAUUAUUAUACUUUUCAAAAUUAAGAUCACAUUCACUUGGUUGUGGUUUUUUUGUAAUUGAAAAUUAUAAUCAAGCUUUUAAGAAUGAGACAAAUGCUAAUAAUAGAACAGAAAUAUUGAUAAUGAAUGGGAUUAUGGCUAAUAUUUUUGCAGAUGGAAAUUAUCAUUCAGAACAAAAAAAACAUGCACAAAAAGUUUAUAAUGAAUAUAAAAGUAAUAUGGAAUUUUAUAAAGAUAAUUGUAUUAAAAUUAAAGAACAUUGUUCUACAAUUAAUACUAUUCGUAAAAAACUAGAAGAAAAUCAUCAUGAAUAUACCCCAAAUGACAAAACAUUAUAUUCUUGGAUGGUACCAAAAGCAGCAUUUUCACAUAAAGGAGCAAUAUUUUUAAUUCAUGGUUCAUUUAUUUUAACACUUCUUCUAAUUAUAGGAUUUAUAUUAAAGUUCUUAUUUAUCUCUAAGAAUCAUCAAGGUCAUCGAAUAAUUUUUAUUAUUUUUACAGUCCUGACAACUUUAUUAACACUUCUAAGAUUAAUUUUUACCUUAGCAGUAUACAUUUCAUUUGAUGGUUUAAAAGAUUAUUUAAUUAUGACUACCUUUAUUAUGACAGCUCUUAACAUAUUACAUCUACUUUUAAUUAUUCUAAUUCAAGUUAAGAAAAAGAUGUAA